AUGGACACACAACCUGUGCUACUGGCACCUAAAUCUAAUGUUUCGUCUCUAUAUUAUAAAACCAAGCUGUGCACACACAACUUCUGUGUUUUUAAUUUGAAAAACACGGACGGAUAUUGUUUUCUCCGGAAUGAGACGGAUGGUGGGCUAACCUCAGACAACUACGCUACCAUAAUUGUCAAAUUUAUUACAGAGAAACUACUGCCAAACAUCCAAAGGGAACCUGAAAAGGAAAUAAAAAUUUUAUUAUACAGCGAUGGAUGUGCAGGUCAAAAUAGAAACAUAGUACUGGCAAAUGCUUUACUAAAUGUUGCAAUAUUAAACAACAUCACAAUCGAGCAAAAAUAUCUUGAAGUCGGUCACACUCAAAUGGAGGCCGACUCAAUGCAUGCCACUAUCGAAAGAAAGCUAAAAAAUAAAAUAAUCCAUGUACCAGCUGAAUAUGCAGGAGUUUGUCUUGGAGCACGUAAACAGCCUAAGCCUUAUAACGUGUCCCAUCUAACUCACAAAUUCUACAAAUCUUUUGAAAGUGUCCAAUUCUACAAGUCAAUAAGACCAGGAAAAGCCAAAGAAGAUGCCAAGGUCACUGAUAUUCGCGCGUUGCAAUAUAAAACAGGGAACAUCUACUUUAAGCUAAGAUUUACUGAUGAAUGGCAGUUACUGCCACAGCGACGUAAUGAAAAUAUUACAGUAAAACCAAUCGAAAGCUUACCGGAUCUUCAUAGAAGUCGCCUUAAAAUAAACAGCCGUAAAUUCAACGACCUCCAGGAGUUAAAAAACACCCUAUCGUCGGACUACAGAGACUACUACGACAAUAUACCUCAUGAAGACUAA